AUGAGACGAGACCGUGUCAAUCUUUCAAUGUUUGGGAAUUCAAAGUAUAUCAAUAAAUUAAUAUGGUUUUAUAACAAGACUUGCCAACUCUCCAACUUCUUAACAAAUACAAUUUUCAUUGAUACAUCAAUCAAUAUUAUUGGACUUAUAUUUAGAUGCAUUCCAUUUGUGAUGAAGAAUAUCAGUUACCUGUCCAUUGAAAGAAUAUUUAAACAGAAUUGGAAAAAUAGAAGGUUCAAGAUAUACUUCCUCAACAAAGUUCAACAGUUACCAAAACAAUAUAUGAUGAGUUGUUCAUUUAAAUCAAAGAUAUAUCGACAAAUCUAA